AUCGUGCCGGAAGUAAACAGAAGCAGAAGUGAGCGGACGGACGACGCGGCGGAGAAAGGGCCGGCUCUCCUCAUGACGACUCUGAUUUGCACUCUUCAACACCAUCGCGAUGAGGUCAACUGGUGCGCCUUCUCAGCCAGACUCCUGGCCACAUGCUCUGGGGACAAAACGCUCAGGGUUUACAGCACCAGUGACUUCUCUGAGCUGCCUUUCUCACCGCUGUCAGGACACGGCUACAGUGUCCACUGUUGUCGCUUCAGCGCCUGUGGACAGUUCCUCGUCUCCUGUUCCACCGAUGCCACCAUCAUGGUCUGGUCCAUGGUGAGCGGUGAGAUCGAGGCCGUCAUGGAGCAUCCUGGUCGCAGUCCUGUCAGGAUCUGUGCGCUCUCUCCGGACUCUGUCCACCUGGUCUCUGGUGCAUCUGAUGGAUCCAUAGCUCUGUGGGAUUUUCCCUCCAAACAGCUGUUCAGGACAGCGGCAGUGGAUGACACCACGAUGGUCGCCUGCUCCUUCAGCCCUUGUGGUCAGCUCUUCAUGACCGGCUCCACCUAUGGAGACCUGCGUCUGUGGGACCUGAGCAUGAACCAGCUCCACGCUGAGAAGAACGCCCACGACCUGGGGGUCAUCUGCUGCACGUUUGCUCCCCACAUCCACAGUGGAGGUCAUGUCGUGCAGUUUAUUUUGGCGUCCUGUGGCCAAGACACUCACUUAAAGAUCUGGGCUGUAAACAAGUUCAUCUCUGGAGCCUGUAAGAUGCAGCUGCUGCACACAUUGACGGGCCACUCGGCUCCAGUCCUGUCCUGUGCCUUCUCCUCAGACGGGCAGCUGCUUGCAUCGGGCUCCGUGGACAAAACUGUGACAGUCUAUGACGCAGUGAGUCCUUUUCCCCUCUUACAGAUGUGCUCUGUAAUUAUUUACUGCCCGGGUUUAAUGAUGGGCUUCACUUUGUUUUUGCAGAACUCUGCAGUUUUGCUUCACACACUGAGCCAGCAUGAGAGGUACGUGACAGCGUGUGCCUUCUCUCCAACCUCGCCGCUGUUUGCGACAGGAUCGAUGGAUAAGACGGUAAACAUCUGGAGGCUGGAGGAUGGAAGCAGUGGCCAUGGCGGGAAGUCACUGGCUGAGUCUGUGCUGACAACCAAUGAAGGGAGAAGCUCAGCUGGCCGAUCGAAGCUGCUGGUCACCGACUGGUCAGAGGAGGACGUGUCGGAGUGGCUGCUGGCGGAAGGCCUCGGGGAAUUGGUGGACAAAUUCAAAGCCAACAACAUCGAUGGGACGGAGCUGCUCAGUCUCACCAAGGAAACGCUGGCGUCAGAGCUGCUCGUAGAGUCCGUCGGCCUGCGCAGCAAACUCCUGAGGAAGGUGGAGGAGGUGAAGAAUUACUCUGUGUGUUCAGGUGUUCCUGAUGAGUUUCUGUGUCCAAUCACCAGAGAGCUGAUGAGGGAGCCCGUCAUCGCUGCCGAUGGAUACUCGUAUGAAAGAGAGGCCAUCGAGAGCUGGAUCAACACCAAGAACCGCUCGAGCCCCAUGACCAACCUCCCUUUACUGACCACUCUCCUCACUCCUAACCACACCCUGAAGAUGGCUAUUGGCCGCUGGAAGACCAGCCACUAGUACUGUAAAAACACUCCGGUGAUCCUUGCACAUUUGACAUGCUGGGUUGUACUUUAUCUCAGCUCCUUCACUUUACUUUGAUUACUGUGAAAAAUAUAGCUGAAUGCAGCUUUAAUUGAAUCGUAAUAAUUCAGGUUGUGUUACUUAAAACACUUUUCACUCGAUCUGCAGCAAUAACAUGCUCGGCUCGAUUGCAGGGCCUUGUUUAUUACAAGUCUUUCAGAGUGCUGCUCAGCUUAACUUGUGCUGUUUACUCCUGUUCUGGCUCUACACCAGAUACACCACGUUCCUUCAAACUCAACUGCUCUUAAAGUGAGAAAAGUGUACAGUUAAGUCAUGGUGGGCGUGACAAGAGUGACGACCCUAACAACAACUGCCUAUGCUGCAAAGAAACCUAAGAACGUGGGCCGACAAUACGCAUUUUGACAUUAAACUACGCCGCUACGAUGUGUCACUUCAAACUCCGCGAAAAGGGAAUAAAGACUUUGAGUUCGUCUGUGCAGCAGCUCACAGGCUACAUACUAUGGGUCUAACUUUAGCAACUUUAGCAACGUUAGCCUGCUGGGAAAAAGCGACAAUGACCAAUCAGACCUGUCAACUUUUAAGAGACAUUUUUCAGUGUCUCAGGCUCUCUGUGAUUUUCAGUUUGCUUAUAUCAAAUAUUAACACCUACAUUUAAAUCAAAUGUCAAAUAAGAACUGCCUUUUCAUUAAAGGAGUUCUUGUUUUCUUCAUUGUCCAUUUGGAUGUUGAAUAACUGACGUAGAAGUGAUUAGUAAGUGUGUGAGAGAUACAUAUAAAUGAUGUGUGACAAUAAAUCCCCAAUCAGUUGCACGUUUUAA